AUGCUUUAUCGCUUCUUGAAUCCAGAACCUAUCAGCAAGCAAAUCUUGGAUGUGGCCAAGGCGCUUGAGCAGUGCCAGGAUCUCGCCUCGAGACUGGAAGAGGAACUGAAUGUGCUUAAUAGACGUCUCGUCCCUGGCGACUCUGAUUCUCCCGAUUUAAUCCCAGAAUCUUUGGUAGUUUUCGAAAAUUCGCCUUCCUUAUCUGCCUCUUCACCUGAGUAA